CAAACAAGUAAGAUGCCCAAAUCAAAUCAAACCAAUUCACUCAAACCUGGUUUCUCAACUGGUGGUUCUUUUCAAGCUUUGGCAGUCGAAUCAAUCGAAUCAGAUUCAGAAAGCGAUUCGCAAACCACUCCGAUCAUUCCAUCACAUCGAACACCUUCUACUGCCAUCUCAACUUCAACUAAAAAGGGACGCGCCAAACAACGUGCUCGUGAUCGAGCUCGUAAAUCGGCUGGUACUUCUAAUUUAUCUGGUCCAACUGAAUUCGCGAACAAGAACAGUCUUAAUCAAUCUCACCAGAAGACCUAGAAAUCAUCAAAACCGGUUUAAUCGUUUUUAAUUCAAAUGGAAAGAUCAUUGGGAUCAAAAAAGAAAACUUAUUAAAUCAAGAAUGGAAUCGAAAAAGUGAUGUGAUUCAAAGUUUAUUGAAAAAGAAUUGGAAUCAAAAAGAAGAAGUGAAUUGAUUGAGAUUCAUUAGGUUGAGAAAUGGAGAGUUUCUUUUGCCUGGUUUUAUUGAUACUCAUACUUAUGUUGUAAAGUAUACGAAUGUGAGAGUUGGACAACACUAUGAAUAAUGUAACCUUUUUAGAAGAAACAAAAUAUUCAUCUAACGGUUAUUCACAAAGGAUUUUUGAAAAAGUUGUCAAGAGAU